GAUGUUGGGGGUGCGUGGGAGAGAAGGUGCGAUAUCUUUUUUGGGAAUCUUUGGGUCUGCAUGUGCAGUGCUUGGAUCUAUACUAUGAUAGUUUACAAGGGCACACCCUAAAUACAUGGCGCAAACAGAAAUGAGGGAAACUCUGACCUCUACGUGCUGCAGUGACGAGGAGACCUUCCGCUUCGAGACCAUCACCACCACGCAAUUUGUGCCGCGGCCCAGCUACGUCCAGGAGAAAUGCAUCGCCGCCUCCCCCGUGGUGCAGCGGUGGCUCGAGCGGUCCCGAUACCGGAAGCCGCUGUACCUCAUCGUGGGGUUGAAGGUUGUCCACGGGGCGAAGGCGGGCCGGUCGCGGACCGGGCGGGAGACCAGCGGCAAUCUGGCGGCCACCGUGGACGGGACGGUGUGGAGCGGCGGCGUGGUUCCGGUGGCUGGGGGCCCGGAGUUUGAACUCACCCAGUCCAAGAAGGUGGGUAUGGACUGGGAGAAUGGGGGGGAUUUUGUUCUAGCCUUUCGUGUCAAGAGGAUCAAGGUGGCGAGGAAGACGAACGAGGUGCGCGAGGUGGAAGAUUAUGCGAAAGGCGCUAUGCUGGGGAAUGAGCCUGUGGUCUUGGGCGGAUCGCAGGGUGUUUUAGUUCUUGAGGAGGAAGAGCUGGAAGUGGGCGGCGAUGAGAAAGAGUGGACAGGCAUGCAAAUGACCGAGGGAGACGAGCUCAUUACGGUUGGAGUGCCUCGGUCGGACGGCGCAGCAAGUCUCCAGUGACUAGCGGCGGAGUAUGUCGCGCAGUGUAUGGUUGAUGAAAUCCGGAUCCUUUCCAAAUAGAUUAUCGGAAUAAAGGCUCAAGGCUAC